GUAAUAACUCGUGAACGGAUCAGAUACUCUCGUUACUACUCUCGUGAAAGGCGCUGCCGUCGUAGUGCUAUCGACAUCGAGCAAUUUUAGCGCGAAAUGUGUUGUGUAUGGUUCCCGGUGUGCGCUAGCCCAUUCUAGAGCUUUUCUUAAAUGUUAAACAAUGCAGCCUAAUCCCAAAUAUGAUCUGAAAAACUGUGAGGCCGUACGUCAGUACUAUGACACCUUACUUCGGCACCAGCUAACAAACGCUACUUCAGUCAUCGCGUUAACCAACGCGGGCUUACGGAUACUCACCGGACUCGCAGAAGAUGAAGCUGACACCGUUCUCCUGUCGUCUGCUAAAGCCCUCCUCGGCGAUAGUGAUGUGUUUCAGUCGAUAUCGGCGUUACCGAAAUGUUACAGCGUUAUAAGCCUAGGAUGUGACAUCAUCGACAGAUUCCUAGGCGGUGGAAUACCUGUGCACGGCAUCACGGAAAUAAGCGGAGAAAGUAGCAGUGGCAAAACCCAAAUCUGCCUACAGCUUUCAAUAAUGGCAUUGCUUACAGCUGCAUCAACGUCCCACGCGGUGUACAUCUGUACAGAAGAUCGCUUCCCCGACAAGCGGCUCCGUCAAAUGUUGCAGGAACGGGGCGAAACUGGGACGGACCUCUCGGAUAACGUACUUGUAUCGCAUGUGGGCGAGCUGGACGCUCUCAUGAAGUGCCUCGAGCACACACUGCCGUCUCUGAGACGCACGAAAAACAUUCGCUUAGUUGUAAUCGAUUCUGUUGCAGCGCUGUUUCGUGCAGAAUACGGUGAAGGGCAGGGUGCACAACGUGCGGCCGAUCUCAUGAAGUUUGCGUGCGUUCUAGACAGAGUCUGGAGGACGGGAGUAGUUGUUGUGUGUGUGAAUCAAGUUUCUGACGUCGUGUCUGAAGCUGCUAUUGCACCAGUAGCUGGAGCGGCGACAAUACCGAGCUUGGGAUUAUCGUGGGCGAAUGCUGUGACAACUCGGAUUUUCGUGUCGAGGACUGUUCUUCUACACACUGCAUCUACAAAUAGCUCUAAUCCUCCUGUUGUGCGUCGCAUGCAUGUAGCAUUUGCUCCACAUUUGCCCAAACGUAGCGAAGGCUGUUUUUAUAUCGUGAACGCUCGUGGUGUUUGCGGCGUCGAACAUGUCGAGUCGGCAGCCCCUGAGAGGAAGUAAGGAAGCAGACGACAGUUCUCAAUCUCGGUGUCCUCCCAGAAAAGGCAUGAUGCGGUCUCCUUUUUACGUUAUAAGAGCAUUUGGAUUACGUUAAUAUGCGCGGGAA